UAUUUGUUUUGCUUGGGAACCUUCCCUCUCCCCGGCCCAUCUCGCUGCCGAGCGCCCCGACGGCCCAACCCCGUCGCUCGUCUUCCUCCUCGAGCGAGCGCCGCCACCCCUUCACUCCCCGUCCCGCUGCCGAGCGCCCCAGCCCCCUCGCUCCGUCGCACGUCUUCCUCCUCGUGCGAGCGCCUCCACCGCAGAACAGGAACUUAUAUUCUCAGCGUGAUAUUCAAAAGCAGUCAAGAUGGUGAAGUUUACAGCGGAGGAGCUCCGCAGGAUUAUGGACAAGAAGAAUAACAUCCGUAACAUGUCUGUUAUUGCUCAUGUCGACCAUGGCAAGUCUACACUUACGGAUUCCCUUGUGGCUGCUGCUGGGAUUAUUGCCCAGGAAGUUGCUGGUGAUGUUCGCAUGACUGAUACCCGCGCAGAUGAAGCAGAGCGUGGUAUUACAAUCAAAUCCACCGGUAUCUCUCUUUUCUAUGAGAUGACUGAUGAGUCACUCCAGAUGUACAAGGGUGAGAGGGAUGGGAAUGAAUACCUGAUCAACCUUAUUGAUUCACCUGGACACGUUGAUUUUUCUUCGGAGGUCACAGCUGCUCUUCGUAUCACUGAUGGUGCUUUGGUGGUGGUUGACUGUAUUGAGGGUGUCUGUGUGCAGACUGAAACUGUGCUCCGCCAAGCUCUUGGUGAGAGGAUUAGACCUGUCCUUACUGUGAAUAAGAUGGACAGGUGCUUCCUUGAGCUUCAAGUUGAAGGUGAGGAAGCGUAUCAGACUUUCUCCCGUGUCAUUGAAAAUGCCAAUGUCAUCAUGGCAACGUAUGAAGACAAGCUCCUUGGUGAUGUCCAAGUGUACCCAGAAAAGGGGACCGUGGCUUUCUCUGCUGGUUUGCAUGGCUGGGCUUUCACUCUCACAAAUUUUGCUAAGAUGUAUGCCUCCAAGUUUGGAGUUGAUGAAUCAAAGAUGAUGGAGAGGCUGUGGGGUGAGAACUUCUUUGACCCAACCACAAAGAAAUGGACCACCAAGAAUACUGGCUCAGCUACUUGUAAGAGAGGUUUUGUUCAGUUCUGUUAUGAGCCAAUCAAGCAAAUCAUCAACACCUGCAUGAAUGAUCAGAAGGAUAAGUUGUGGCCUAUGUUGAAGAAGCUUGGCGUGACCAUGAAGAAUGAUGAGAAGGACCUAAUGGGCAAGGCUCUCAUGAAGCGUGUCAUGCAAACUUGGCUGCCUGCCAGUCGUGCUCUGCUUGAGAUGAUGGUGUUUCAUCUUCCCUCCCCCUCGAAGGCACAGAGGUAUCGUGUGGAGAACUUGUACGAGGGACCCCUUGAUGAUAUAUAUGCAACCGCCAUUAGAAACUGUGACCCGGAAGGCCCUCUUAUGCUGUAUGUUUCCAAGAUGAUUCCAGCAUCUGACAAGGGAAGAUUCUUUGCCUUUGGUCGUGUCUUUGCUGGGAGGGUUGCAACUGGCAUGAAGGUCCGUAUCAUGGGUCCCAACUAUGUUCCUGGUCAGAAGAAGGAUCUCUAUGUGAAGAGUGUCCAGCGUACUGUUAUCUGGAUGGGAAAGAAACAAGAGUCUGUUGAGGAUGUUCCAUGCGGUAACACUGUUGCUUUGGUUGGUCUUGACCAGUUCAUCACAAAGAAUGCGACCCUCACAAAUGAGAAGGAAACUGAUGCUUGCCCAAUCAGAGCAAUGAAGUUCUCUGUGUCUCCUGUUGUGCGUGUUGCUGUUCAGUGCAAGGUGGCCUCUGAUCUUCCUAAGCUUGUUGAAGGUUUGAAGCGUCUGGCUAAGUCUGAUCCUAUGGUUCUCUGUACCAUUGAAGAGUCUGGCGAGCACAUCAUCGCUGGAGCUGGAGAGCUUCAUCUUGAAAUUUGCUUGAAGGAUCUGCAGGAUGACUUCAUGGGUGGUGCUGAAAUCAUUGUUUCCCCUCCUGUUGUCUCCUUCCGUGAGACUGUUCUUGAGAAGUCUAGCCGUACUGUUAUGAGCAAGUCCCCCAACAAACACAACCGUCUGUACAUGGAAGCUCGCCCGUUGGAAGAGGGACUAGCUGAGGCCAUUGAUGAUGGCCGCAUAGGCCCACGUGAUGAUCCUAAGGUGCGUUCCAAGAUCCUUUCGGAGGAGUUUGGAUGGGACAAGGAUCUUGCCAAGAAGAUUUGGUGCUUUGGACCUGAGACCACUGGUCCGAACAUGGUUGUUGAUAUGUGUAAGGGAGUACAGUAUCUAAAUGAAAUCAAGGAUUCUGUUGUGGCUGGCUUCCAGUGGGCAUCAAAAGAAGGUGCAUUGGCUGAGGAGAACAUGCGUGGAAUUUGCUUUGAGGUCUGUGAUGUUGUGCUCCACACUGAUGCCAUUCACAGAGGUGGUGGGCAGGUUAUUCCUACGGCCAGGAGGGUCAUUUAUGCUUCUCAGCUCACUGCUAAGCCAAGGCUGUUGGAGCCUGUCUACCUGGUGGAGAUCCAGGCACCGGAGAAUGCCCUUGGUGGUAUUUAUGGUGUUCUGAAUCAGAAGAGAGGGCACGUGUUCGAGGAGAUGCAGAGGCCUGGUACCCCACUGUACAACAUCAAGGCUUACCUCCCUGUCAUAGAGUCCUUUGGAUUCUCAAGUACGCUCAGGGCUGCAACAUCUGGCCAGGCAUUCCCUCAAUGUGUGUUCGAUCACUGGGAUAUCAUGUCUUCUGAUCCUUUGGAGGCUGGCACCCAAUCUGCCACCCUUGUCACGGAGAUCCGCAAGAGGAAGGGGCUGAAGGAACAGAUGACUCCUCUGUCUGAGUUCGAGGACAAGCUCUAAAUUUUGGUCAUGUUUUGUGCUAUUACCUUACCUGGUCGACUUGCUCUUAUUGUUGAGCUGCUUUAUUCCGUACUUGCGUUCAGUUGUCGUAACAUCAAGUCUUAUCUAGUGUGCUGUUGGAACUAUAUUUUACCGUUUGCCAUGAUGUAUCAGAUAUGAAACAUACAUUAUAUAUCUGUGGUGAACUUGGUAGUUUUUACAUUGGUCCUUGGAUGUUCCCCACUUUA